GUCAACAGGUAUUGAUGAUGAGUCUUCAGAAGGAGGAAAUAAUUUAAAUAAUGAAGACAAGGCUGAUACACACAGAUUUCUCCUUUCACCACAAUUAUUACUUUCUCCGUUACUUUCCCCCUUUUCCGAUUGUGGAGUUGCUGAUUUACAUAUUGGAUAUUCUGCUUCAGCUACUCCUUAUUCAAGAUCGCCAAAUAUGUCGCCUUCUCCUAUCAGGAGAAUGAGGGGAAGUGUGGGAGGAGGUGGAGAUUUAACACAUUUUAGCUUUGAACAAAUUCGAAGUAGAAGUUCUUUAUCCAAUCAUGCUAGUAAUAAUGCUCAAGAAACAUUUAAUAAUUCAAUUAAUAAUUCUUGUGAACAUCCAAAUUACCAUCAAAGAAUGUUGGCUACAGCAAAUGCUAUUUCACAACCUCGAUCUUUGGAUUUAGAUGCAAGAGAACGUAGUCGUUCAGAAGGAGAAGCAUUAUCAUCAAAUAAUGUUUGUAAAAGGAAUAAACAGUCUGGAGGGGGAGGAGGGGAUUUUGAAGAUGAUGAAGAGGAUGAAAGAAUGGAUACUGGACAUUCUACACUUUCUGUACCGACAGGAACAACAACAACGGCAAACAGAGGAAAUUUACACGCGGGGUUAAAAAGGAGAAGAUUACAAUUAUUACAAAAAAAUAAAGAAAAAGAAGAACAAAAAAUAAAUAAAAAUAAUAUUUCUAUAAAAAUAAUAACUUCUGAUAACGAUAAUACCAAUAAUAAUAAUAACCAAAUAAAUAAUAAUAAACCAACAAUUGAAGAGCCACCUCCAUCACCUACAUUAACUGAAUUAUUUCAGCCUGGAGAUUUGGACAAUGGACGGCGUAAACAAGUAGAAGAAUGGAUUAAACAACAAACUGCUGCAUUAGAAGCAAUUAGACAUUCUUUAGUUCCAGCACAUCAAGAAGCUAAUCUUUUACAGGUUCCAAGUGUUAUACCACAAAAUUCAUUAGAACAACUUUGGCCCCAACCAGCAACUGACUGUUCACAAGUCGGGCCUAUUCGGCCAAUGCUUGCUUCUUUAUGGAGACGUAGUAGAUCAGAAUCUGAAUUAUCUGGAGGAGGAAAAACGAAUAUUUCUCCUUUUAUGGAAGAUGACCACCAAAAUAAUGUUAGACGGCAAUCCUCAUCUACAACAACAACAACAACAAUUGAAACAACAAAUAAUUCAAAAAAUAUAUCAGAUAAUCGUCGAAGACAAAGUCAACCACAAGCACCUUUACUUGUUCCCUUAAAUGAAGCAACACAUGUUUGUGAACAUUGUGGACAAGGAUUUUCAAUGCACGAUCGUUUAGCUAAACAUAUAGCUAGUAGACAUAGAGAUCGUUCUGCUUCUGCAAACGAUGAAGGCAAUCGUAUUCACAAAUGUCAAUUAUGUCCAAAAAGUUUUGGACGUUCUGAUAUGUUAACUAGACAUAUGAGAUUACAUACGGGAUUAAAACCUUAUGCUUGUCAAUUAUGUGGACAAGUAUUUUCUAGAAGUGAUCAUUUGAGUACACAUCAGAGAACACAUACAGGAGAAAAGCCUUAUCGUUGUCCACAAUGUAGUUAUGCUGCUAGCCGUCGUGAUAUGAUAACUAGACAUAUGCGUACUCAUUUAUUAUUAGGAGCGGAAGGUUCUUCUACAUUAGACAACGAACUCCAAAUUCCUCCAAUUAAUGAAUUAUCACUUUCCCCUCCCUCACCCCCACCAACAGUACCAGCAACCCUUUCACCUCUUCCCCAACAAAAACCACCACCCAUAAUAACCCCCCAACAACAAUUAAAUACAAAUUUUGCUUGUUAUUCUCAAUCACCUCAAAAUAACCAAUUAUUUGGACAAACACCAACAACAUCAUUAAUUCAACAACAACAGCAACCAUCAACAUCAACAACUAAUAUAAAUAAUCAUUUAGCUAAAUUAUUUUCUGCUGCUAUAAAUGAAAGAACAAAUUCUUCCAAUUUAUUAAAUUCUUCUUUAAUUUUAGCAGCCCAACAAUUACCUGCUGCUUUACGACGUUCAACUCCAAAUUUAUUUAAUAUUUCACCUGAAUUAAUAGAUUAUUCGAGAAGUGCUUUUAAACCUCCAAAUUGUUUAAAUACUUCAAAUAUUGACCCAACAAUUGCAGCUGUAGCAGCAGUUAAAGUCCAACAAUUACUUCAACAACAACAAGAAUCAAGACUUUCUUUCUCUUCUUUAGAUGGAGGACAACAAACAUCAAAUAAUAAUUUACCUUUACUUUUUAGGCAACAUUCUUUUGAUGGAUUUGGAAGAAGAGGAGAAGAAGGAGGAGGAGGUGGAAGUUGUCAACAACAACAACAACAGCCAAGAUAG